AUGGCUAUCCCUGGGGACCCCCGCCCUCACAUCCCUUUAACUGUCCACUGGUCUAAAGCAAAUGUACAGCGUGUGAUGGCUCUUAUGGAUACAGGAGCAGAGGUAACAUUAAUACAUGGAAUGCCAAAUAAACAUAAAGGGGAGACUGUAUAUAUCAAUGCAUAUGGUGAUGGGGAAGAGCCUACUACUCGAGUGAGAUUGUGUGUGGCUCUAGGGAAUUCAGCUCCUUUCUGGGCAGAAGUGUUAAUAUCUCGUGUACCUGAAUACAUAAUUGGGAUUGACUUGUUGCAAGGAAAAGAAUUUCAAACUCCAAAAGGGAGGUUUGCCUUUGGGGUUAGGGCUAUCCUAGUAGGCAGAGCAAAAUGGACACCUUUAAAGAUACUCCCUCCUGCAAAGCCUGUGAAUGUAAAACAAUACAGGCUACCAGGGGGUCAUGAAGAGAUCUCUCAGACAAUACAGGGGUUGUUGGAGGUAGGAGUUUUAAGAACAGCUGUUUCUCCUUUCAAUUCCCCUGUAUGGCCAGUAAAAAAGCCUGAUGGGACGUGGAGAAUGACAGUAGAUUAUCGUCAGCUAAAUAAACAUGCUCCCCCUCUAGUAGCAGCCAUACCAGACAUGGUAACCCUUCUGGAGAGUAUUGAGAAGAACGCUGGGACAUGGCAUGCUGUAAUUGAUUUGGCCAAUGCCUUCUUUUCAAUUUUGAUUGAUCAGGACUCCCAAGAUCAAUUUGCUUUUACCUGGGAGGGGAGACAAUAUAGAUUCCAGGUCCUGCCCCAGGGCUAUGUGCAUAGCGCCACCCUGUGUCAUGGAAUAGUGGCAAGAGACAUAGGUCUGAUUACGUUAAGCCCUGCUCUAUUCAUGGCUCACUAUAUUGAUGAUGUUUUAUUGUCUGGACCAACAGAGGACGACGUGCAGCAGGGGUUGACCAUGGUAAUUGACCACAUGCGGUCUCGGGGAUGGGAAAUUAAUCCAAAGAAGAUUCAAGGACCUGCUCAGCAAGUGCAGUUCCUAGGGGUGGUUUGGGCUGGACCGGUACGACAUAUACCUGACAAGGUCUUAAAUGUUAUUGCUACCUUGAAAGCCCCUGCCUCGAAAACUGAGGCUCAACGUCUGGUGGGGUUGAUGGGGUACUGGCGGCAACAUAUACCCCAUUUAGCUCAAAUACUAAGACCUGUUUAUAAUGUGACACGUAAGAAGGCUCAUUUUGAAUGGGGAGAAUUCCAAGAAAAAGCGUUGUCUGAAGCCAAAGCAGCAGUGGCUGCUGCAAUGCCUUUGGGACCUUAUAUUAAAGGUUUACCUUUUGAGUUGCAGGUUUCUACGAAUGAGGAGAUAGCUGUUUGGAGCCUGUGGCAAAAAGAACCCAGGGGAAGGCGAGUUCCUUUAGGGUUCUGGCCCCGUAAGUUACCCAAUGUUAAUUAUACGCCUUUUGAGAAGCAGCUUCUAGCAUGUUAUUGGGCUUUGGUUGAUACAGAAAGACUAACAGGACAGGAUCCUGUGGUGUUAAGACCUGCUAUACCAAUCAUGACAAGGGUAAAAGAUGAGUCUGCAAGCCCCAGGGUGGGGAGAGCCCAGCAAUCCUCUAUUGUUAAAUGGAAAUGGUACAUUGCAGAGAGAGCCAAAGUUGGACCCCAAGGGGUCAAUGCAUUGCAAGAGCAAGUUUUAGCUGUAACACCCACUGGAGAAGAAAUACAAGAAAGUUCUAUUGCUGAGCUUGGGAAAUCCCCAGUGCAAGAGGCCCCUCCAUAUGGACAAGUAUCCCAUGAUGAAGUCUGGUUUACAGAUGGGUCUGCUCGAUACCGGGGAAAUGAGAGAAUGUGGCGUGCAGCUGCUAUUAAUCCGAGGAAGCAGAUUACAUUGACUCGUGGGGGAAGAGGCAAGUCUAGCCAGUAUGCUGAAUUGAUGGCAGUACUAAUGGUUAUCGAGCAUACUGUAGAUCAGAAAGCAGAUACCGUGUAUAUUUACACUGACUCAUGGGCUGUUUAUAAAGGAUUGACAGUGUGGUUCCCCAAAUGGAAAAAAGAUGAGUUUUGUAUCCAUGGUCGACCAUUAUGGGGACAGGGACUAUGGAUACAAUUGGACCAAAUGCUCCAAAAAAUAAGUGUGUAUGCCGGACAUGUAGAUGGGCACAUAUCAGGAACACCUGAAGCCCUGUACAAUCAAGUUGCAGAUCAAUUAGCUAAGGUACGGGUGGCUGUACCUAAUCAAGAAGAAGAGCUACUAAUUUUAGCUCAAUGGGCUCAUGAGAAAGCUGGACAUUUGGGUGCCAAAGCCACAAGGGAAUGGGCAAUAAGGCGAGGUAUCCCAUGUUCAGUUGGUGCAGCUGCUACAGUAGUUGCCAACUGUCAGUUAUGUGCACAGGUGAAGCACAUGCCUUUAUCCAAGGCACCCCUGGGGAAGUUACGAGGAAAUGGGCCCGGGGAGAUCUGGCAGAUAGAUUACAUUGGACCUCUACCUAAAAGUGGAAGAUGGCAGUAUGUGUUAACUAUGGUAGAUACCUACUCUGGCUAUCUUUUCACCUAUCCGUGUGCUAGAGCAACAUCAGAGCACUAUAAAGGGAUUAGAUAUGUUAAUUAG